CCUGAGUCUGCUGGAACAGACACUCUUUGCCAAGAAGGAAGCACAUUCACAGGCACAAAGAUAGCUGUUUGCAACUUGCUAACUGACAUUUUAAGUGAUUAUUUCAAUUCAUCUCCACAAAACACAGGAGGUCUGAACAUACCUGGAGACUGUGAAAGAUUCUCAGAACUCCAGAAAGCUCAAUCAGGCUGUCUGAAAUCACUGUGGUGGUGUUACUCAACACAUUUGUUGUUGUUGUGGGCUGCCCCCGUUUCCUGUCGUCUGGAUCCAGUUCCAGUGAGAUGAAAGGCCUCUCCCUCAGCCAUAGCUCCAGAGCCAGCUCCUCCCUACCCGCUUUUAUCCUUUUCUUCAUAACGUUUUACGUUCACAAGCUGGAAUCAGCUCGGUUCACCGUGGCUGGGCCUGGUCACCCUGUCCCGGCUGUGGUGGGGGAGGACAUCGUGUUACCCUGCCACCUGUCUCCCAGCGUCAGUGCGGAGCACAUGGAGGUGAGAUGGUUUCGACAUGAGUUCGCGUCCUUUGUGCACCUGUACCAGCAUGGGAAGGAUCAGUUUGGGCAGCAGAUGCCCGAGUACCACGGCAGGACGGAGCUUUUCAAAGCUGACAUCGCAGGUGGGAACGUGGCCCUGAAGAUUGCCAACGUCAGGCCCUCCGACGAAGGACAAUACCACUGCUUUGUCCAAGAAGGUGUCUCUUAUGAAGAAGCUGUUCUGCAGCUGGAAGUAGCAGCUUCAGGCUCUGCGCCUCAGAUCUCAGUGGAGGGUUACCAGGACGGAGGGAUCCGGAUGGUCUGUCAUCUGGCCGGGUGGUACCCAGAGCCCGAGGUGCUGUGGAGAGAUCUCAGCGGGCAGCGUUUAUCUUCCUCAGCGGAAACCAAAUCCAGAGACGCCCAGGGGCUCUUUGAAAUCAGAAGUUCCCUCGUUGUGACCGAGCGCUCCAACCAGAAUGUGUCCUGUUCUAUCAGAAGCACCCGCUUCAGCCUGGAAAAGGAUCCCUCGACUUUCUAUAUGUCAGAUUUCUUUUUCCCAAGAACGUCACCAUGGCUUGUGGUUUGGAGUGUCACUCUGGUGAUUUUGUUGGUGUUCAUCGGCCUGACACUUUUUCUGUUCAGAUUAAGAGGGCAACAUCUCGACGAGAUCAGUAAACUUCACACAGAGCUAGAGCAGAGGAGAUCCCUCAGUGACGCAGCCAACGUGAUGCUGGAUCCUGCCACAGCACAGCGCGACCUCGUCCUGUCGGAGGAUGGGAAACGCGUGAGCCGGGCAGAGACACAGAAGCUGCUGCCCGACAACGCUGAGAAAUUUGACAGUGAUCACUGUGUGCUGGGCCGGGAGGGCUUCACCGCAGGGAGGCAUCGCUGGGAGGUGGUGGUGGGAAACGGGGGGCACUGGGCUGUGGGGGUGGCCAAGAAAUCUAGGAGGAGGAAAGGAGCCAUCAGCCCUGAAGGGGGGAUCUGGGCUGUGGGGCGGUGGGGGGAUCAGUUCCAGGCUCUCAAUGACCCUAUGACCACCCUGACCAUGAGCCCCCCCAGCAGGAUCCGGGUUUGCCUGGACUGUGAUGGGAGGCAGGUGACAUUUAUUGAUGCUGGUACUGAGGCCUCGAUCUUCACUUUCUCGUCGGGCUCCCUCCCUGUGGAGAAAAUCCGACCCUGGCUCUGGGUGGGGUCAGGAUCCCAGCUCAGCCUGAGUCCCUGAGACAUGGGGGUGUAGAGAGACGUCCCCCUGGGGACCUUUAAAUCAGCCUGUCUAGUCUCCAUGACCCUGGAGGACUCCCAGCUUCUCAUCUCCAUAACCCCGUACUCCCCCCUUUCUUUUCCUGUAGCCCCAGGGAUGAGACAGGAAGGGGGGAGAAUGCCUGGGCCUGGAGGAGGAGCAGAUGUGGGGGCUGGGUAGGGAACAACUAAAGGCGGGCUGGGGACAGGCUACAAAAUGCAGGGGAGGGGGAUGGUAUGGGAGGAGCUGAACUUGAGGUAACAGUGAAAACAAAAGGAAAAGUUCAAGUACAAGGAAAUAAACAGUGUGUCCUGGGAAAAGUGUAAAACUGGAUAUAAAAGCAACAAAAGAAACACUCCUGGGGGAGAAAACUGCCAAUGGCUGUUGGAGGAGAGGGUAUAAAUGUAGGGGAAAAGGAGAAUAUGAGGGGGCUGGGUGUCUGAGAGAGAUUGGGGGAGAGUAGAAGAGACAUCAAGAAAUAAACAGGAACAGAACAGGGUGUCUAGAAAUAACACAUGUGGAAGACGAGGCUGAACUGAAGGCAGCUCAAAAGGGGCAUAGAAAUGUACCGAUCCUGAUGCAAGGGGAGACGGCCGCUCACUCAUUUCAGGUUUCUACCUUGACAUGGUUGCUGUAUCAGUGUCAUUAAAACAUAAACUCCU